AUGUCAGAUCCAGGGCCGACUCAGCCGCUCAGAACCUACGCAGAAAAGCAGGGGCCCGGGAGGCACCGGGGCAGGCGCCGGGGAGGAGCCGGGCAGGUGCCGGGGCAGGUGCCGGGGCAGGUGCCGGGGCAGGUGCCGGGGCAGGUGCCGGGGCAGGUGCCGGGGCAGGUGCCGGGGCAAGUGCCGGGGCAGGUGCCGGGGCAAGUGCCGGGGCAGGUGCCGGGGCAGGUGCCGGGGAGGCGCCGGGCAGGUGCCGGGGCAGGUGCCGGGGAGGCGCCGGGCAGGUGCCGGGGAAGGUGCCGGGGAGGCGCCACGGCAGGUCGAAGUCUCCAGUCCCCACCAGGUCGAAGUCUCCAGUCCCCCCCAGGUCGAAGUGUCCAGUCCCCACCAGGUCAAAGUCUCCAGUCCCCACCAGGUCGAAGUCUCCAGUCCCCCCCAGGUCGAAGUCUCCAGUCCCCACCAGGUCGAAGUCUCCAGUCCCCACCAGGUCGAAGUCUCCAGUCCCCACCAGGUCGAAGUCUCCAGUCCCCACCAGGUCGAAGUCUCAAGUCCCCACCAGGUCGAAGUCUCCAGGCCCUCCCAGGCCGAACUCUCCAGGCCCCCCCAGGUCCAAGUCUCCAGUCCCCACCAGGUCGAAGUCUCCAGUCCCCACCAGGUCGAAGUCUCAAGUCCCCACCAGGUCGAAGUUUCCAGUCCCCACCAGGUCGAAGUUUCCAGUCCCCACCAGGUCGAAAUCUCCAGUCCCCACCAGGUCGAAGUCUCAAGUCCCCACCAGGUCGAAGUUUCCAGUCCCCACCAGGUCGAAGUUUCCAGUCCCCACCAGGUCGAAGUUUCCAGUCCCCACCAGGUCGAAGUCUCCAGUCCCCACAAGGUCGAAGUCUCAAGUCCCCACCAGGUCGAAGUCUCCAGGCCCUCCCAGGCCGAACUCUCCAGGCCCCCCCAGGUCCAAGUCUCCAGUCCCCACCAGGUCGAAGUCUCCAGUCCCCACCAGGUCGAAGUCUCAAGUCCCCACCAGGUCGAAGUUUCCAGUCCCCACCAGGUCGAAGUUUCCAGUCCCCACCAGGUCGAAGUCUCCAGUCCCCACCAGGUCGAAGUCUCAAGUCCCCACCAGGUCGAAGUUUCCAGUCCCCACCAGGUCGAAGUUUCCAGUCCCCACCAGGUCGAAGUUUCCAGUCCCCACCAGGUCGAAGUCUCCAGUCCCCACCAGGUCGAAGUCUCAAGUCCCCACCAGGUCGAAGUUUCCAGUCCCCACCAGGUCGAAGUUUCCAGUCCCCACCAGGUCGAAGUCUCAAGUCCCCACCAGGUCGAAGUGUCCAGUCCCCACCAGGUCGAAGUGUCCAGUCCCCACCAGGUCGAAGUGUCCAGUCCCCACCAGGUCGAAGUUUCCAGUCCCCCCCAGGUCAAAGUCUCCAGUCCCCACCAGUUCCAAGUUUCCAGUCCCCCCCAGGUCGAACUCUCCAGUCCCAUCAGUUUAAAGUCUCUAGUCCCCACCAGCAGCGAGGCAGAACCUGA